CUUUUCCCCAUACUCCCACCCAGCCUGGCCCAUUGAGCGCUAUCUUGGUUAAAACUCCAAAAGCUUCCCGGCCUCCAUCGCCUCCCCCCCCCCCAAUCCCUAUCGCAACACCACACUCGUCUCUCUCCUCUUUCUCUCUCUCUCUCUCUAUCUUUCCACCUCACCAUCCACCCUCUCUCAGAACUUCUCACAUUCCUUCUCUUGGAGUUCAAACAUACCCAGCAGCUAGCAUUGCAGCCUCUUUCCAUCCUCUCAUUUACCCUCCAUUUUUUGUUAGUCGCAAAAAAACAAGUCCACGCAAUCGCCCCCAGCAAAGAAGACACCGCAGCCACUCCUCCAACUUCUGUCCUCCGACAUCCAGCUCCAGCUCCGACCAGCAUCACAGCUCUACCACCGGCUUCACCACCAGCACUGGCUAUCGCCUCCACUCCUCUAUCCGCUCUAGCUGCUUCGGCUAUUCCCACCAACCCAGCAGCCAUUCCGGCUCCUCGCACUCGACUUGCUAGCUAUUUAACUGCCGGGAGAGCCAGAUCAUGGACCAGCAGCAGCCUACUCCCCAGGCUGGGGGCGUCCCCAGACCGGGAGGCCGUCGCCUCCAUAUUGCUCACCGUAGGAGCCCGUCCGAGCUCACCCCGCUCAUGAGCAUGUUCGCGAACCCUGGAAUGGAGCAACUUGCUAUUCAGCAACAGAUCGAAUUGUUGCAGCAGCAGCAGCAGCAGAUACAAGCUACGCACCAGCAAUACAUGAAUAUGGGCAUGAUACCGCCGGGCCAGCUCGGGCCUGGCGGUUCCUUCAACCCCUUGCAGCCAAACAUGGCCAACCUGUCGCCGCAGACUGCUUUCCAGUUUCCCAACCAGCUUCCGCAGCCGACUGUCCCCAUGGGACCGAGUCAGCCCAUGUCACAUCGCCGUAACCAAUCAGCUCUCCCUAACAUGGGGAUGGGACCACCCCCGGCUCCGUCCGCGGGGGCCGCGGGGACGGCCUUCGGGCAAUUCGACAACUCGUCGGGUCAACAGAACCGAGAGAACGCACCUCGAGGAGGGCGAGGCGGCGGUCCCGGCCACCAGCGAAGACACUCGUUAGCUCUCGCCGACGCGAAAAAGGCGGCAGAGAUUGCUCAGCAGAAGCGGACAACCUCCGGUUUUCAGUUCCCUGCCGCGGGUCCGCCCGAAGGCUCCGCCCCCGAAGAGCCGAAGCCGGUCGCCGCCGAUACGCCUAUUGCCCAGGGCUCGACCACCUCCGCCAGGGGCGGUCGCGGCGGCGGCCACGGACGGAGCCAAAGCAUGGCCUCGACUAGCCGAGGCGGUGCCCGCGGCGGCGCUUCGUUGCACGUGAGCAAUGAGGGGGCGGAUUUCGGGCGUCGUGGCAGUGCCACGGGCGGCCACGCGCGAUCUUCUUCGCGCAACUUCGAAGGGAACUGGCGUAAUCAACAGGGCCAGAAUCAGGGCCAGAGCCAGGGCCAGGAACAGGCUGGUCAAAGCCAGCCGGGCUUCCAGCCCGGCCAUCGCUCUCGCGGCUCCGUGAACCAGUCCAUCUCGAACAUCGGGACGUUCCAGUAUCCCGGUCAGCCCCAACUUAUGCAGAUUUCCGGCCAGGUACCGAUGAUGGCGGCGGCACAGAUGUACCCUGGACAGCUCAACGCUAUGCAGAUAAACCAACUUCAGGCUCUCCAGGCUGCCCAGAUGAACGGCCAGCACCUGGUUGGCCUCCAGGGCAGCCAGCAUGCUCAGCAGCUUGGUGGCCAACAAGCGCAACAGCAGCAGAGGAAAACGCUGUUCACGCCGUAUCUCCCGCAGGCUACUUUACCCGCCCUCCUCGGUGACGGGCAGCUCGUCUCCGGUAUUCUCAGGGUCAACAGGAAGAACCGUAACGAUGCGUACGUCUCUACCACCGACGGGCUCUUGGAUGCGGACAUCUUCAUCUGCGGUAGCAAGGACCGUAACCGAGCUCUGGAAGGUGACCUCGUCGCGGUAGAACUUCUCGACGUCGACGAGGUAUGGUCUCAGAAGCGAGAAAAGGAGGAAAAAAAGAAGAGAAAGGACAUCACCGACACACGUUCGGGAUCUACCAACGGCAAUGCUCAGUCGGGCAACGCUAACGGCGAGGAGGCAGCUAACGGGGACGGAGGGAUCCGUCGGCGCGGUAGUCUCCGGCAGAGGCCCACGCAGAAAAAGAAUGACGACGUGGAAGUCGAAGGACAAAGUCUGCUUCUCGUCGAGGAGGAGGAAAUCAGUGACGAGGCUAAGCCUCUGUACGCCGGCCAUGUCGUCGCCGUCAUCGAACGUGUGGCCGGCCAGAUGUUUUCGGGUACGCUGGGCGUGUUGCGACCCAGCAGCCAAGCGACGAAGGAGAAGCAAGAAGCUGAGCGAGCCGCCCGCGAUGGCGGUCGAUCCCACGACAAUCGCCAGCAGGACAAGCCCAAGAUUGUUUGGUUCAAACCUACCGACAAGCGCGUUCCUCUCAUCGCUAUUCCCACCGAGCAGGCGCCGCGAGACUUCGUGGAGAAGCAGCAGGAAUAUGCGGGUCGCAUCUUUGUCGCUUGCAUCAAGCGUUGGCCCAUCACAUCUCUACACCCUUUUGGUACUCUUGUCGAGCAGCUUGGAAAGAUGGGCGAUUUGAAGGUGGAGACAGACGCCCUUCUACGCGAUAACAACUUUUCGUCCGAUGAGUUCUCCGAGGCCGUCCUACGAAGCGUCGGCCUUCAAGACUGGUCUAUCGAGAAGGAGGAUGAGGCUUCCAUUGGUUCUCGCCGGGACUUCCGCGACGAGAAGACCUUCACCCUCGACCUUGCCGGCACCGGUGAGCUCGGAAACGCCGUGCAUAUCAAGACCGAGUCGGAUGGGAAGAUUGAAAUCGGAAUUCACGUGCCCGAUGUCACCCACUUCGUCAAGCCUAACUCACUUGUGGAUCGCGAAGCGAAGAAGCGCGGCACUGCUGUUCACCUCGUGAACCGAACCUGCGCUUUGCUUCCACCCAGGAUUGCUUCUGAGCUUUGCACCCUGACCCCAGGGGACGACAGACUUACCGUCAGCGUCGUCUUCCGCGUCAAUCCGCACAAUCUUGUCGUCGGAGAGAGUGACAUUUGGAUUGGGAAGAGCAUAAUUAAGAGCGACGCGACACUGACUCUCGGCGAGCUCGACAGCGCCCUAGAAAACCAAAGCGGGUUCGCGCACGAAGGCGUCCAGGUCAACGACGUACAGAUUCUCAAUGCUGUCGCGCAGAAAUUCCGGGAGGCUCGACUAGGCUCUGAGGGUGAGCCGAUGGCUCCUCUUAGACUGCUCCAUCGGCUUGACGACGAGAAUAUCCCUAUCCAGCACAACAUCUUCUCUUCUACGCCGGGCACCGAGCUCGUCGAAGAGCUCUUGCAUAAGGUAAACGCGUCUGUCGCUCAAAGGCUCGCUCAGGGUCUUCCCGAAAAAGCUCUGCUCCGUCGCCAAUCGCCACCGAACGCGCGACGCUUGCAGACCUUUGUCGAACGCAUGCGGGCACUUGGACACGAUAUCGAUACCACGAGCAGCGGGACGCUCCAGAACAGCCUCUUCAGGGUUGACGACUCUGAUAUCCGCAAGGGUAUGGAGACGCUGCUCCUGAAGAGUAUGCAGCGUGCCAAGUACUUCAUCGCCGGCAAGGCUAAUAAGCAACUUUGGCCCCAUUACGCCCUGAAUGUCCCUCUGUAUACCCAUUUCACCGCGCCUACCAGGCGUUACGCCGACGUCAUGGUCCACCGCCAACUGGAGGCUGUUCUUGCCGAAGACAAGAUCGAGUAUAACGACGAGAUCGAGAAUCUGGUCAAGACGAUCGAAUCCUGCAACACUAAGAAGGAAUCCGCCCAGAACGCGCAGGAGCAGAGCAUCCACAUCGAAUCGUGCCGAAUCAUGGACAAGAAGCGCCAGGAGGUGAACGGCGACCUGAUCAGCGAAGGCGUCGUCAUCUGCGUCUACGAAUCCGCGUUCGACGUUCUCAUUCCCGAAUGGGGAUUUGAGAAGCGCGUGCACUGCGAUCAGCUACCGCUCAAAAAGGCCGAAUUCAGAAAGGAGAAGAGGGUCUUGGAGCUCUACUGGGAGAAGGGCGUUCCAAGCUCAGCCUACGUACCGGAAGACGAGCGACCCAAGGCGGGCGCCUCCCAGCGCAUCUCGAAUGCGAUGGCAGCUGUCAAGCAGGCCGAGGAAGCCGAGAGGGCAAAGAAGGAACGGGAAGAAGCGACACGCAAGCAGACACAGACGGAGACCGUGUCGGCGGGCGACGUAGAAGCCCUAUUUGACGACGACGACGACAAUGCCUCGGACAUCACGGAGACCAUGGCCGGCGCAUCGUUAGCGGAGCGCCCUACCCAGAGCGUACCGGGUUCGCCGGCCCGGUCCUCGUCGAGUCCGGGGGUCCUUCACCGGACUCGAUCGGACUCCAAGGUGCCUAAAGUGGAAGCUGUCGAAACUCGGCUGACUAAUAAGGAGAAGUACCUCAAGCUGUUCGCGUUGAGGGAAGAGGACGGCGAGUACAUCCAGGACGUGACGGAGAUGACGAGGGUUCCCGUGAUCCUCAAGACGGACCUGAGCAAGAGCCCACCUUGCUUAACGAUCCGAUCGCUCAACCCAUACGCUCUAUAGGAAAACCGUGACGGGAGCAUUUGCCAUGCUUGAAGUGUUUCAAGGAUCAAGCGAAGCGACUGGGGACAGAGAAGGCUUUCUUUGGGGUGGUAAUAUGUAUGCGGGGCGGAAGGCGAGGUAGAUUGUAAGGUUGUGUGCCUCGUACGAAACCCCGUGAAGCCGUGUAUCUCUUAACCUGUCG